CUAGAUUUCCAUUUCCCUUUCUGGGCUUGGGCGGCAGAGGGAGAUCUUGGCUCCCGUUUGCUGGCGUCCGGGCAGCCAGGAGGGAGCGAUGGGAAACCAGGAGUCCCGGUUAUACUCCAUGCAUGCUCUGGAGCUGGAUGAUUUUAUCUACGAACACCUGGUGCUCCACAGAGACUGUCAGGAGUUGCUCGACUAUGCGGUGGACUUCAUCUGUGACACCCUGCAGUACAGGGAGUGCUUCCCUGCGGUACACGGAGUAGCCAAAGGUGGAUCCUACGGCCGGAAAACAGUCUUGAGAGGCAACUCUGACGGCACCCUCGUCCCCUUCCUCAGUCGCUUCAAACAAUUCCAGGAUCAGAAGAAAAACCAACAAGAAGUCCUCAAAAUAAUUAUGGAGCAACUGGAUUACCACGUGUACAGGAAGGGGCUGGAACGCUUCAUCAAGAUCCAACAUGAUGGGGUCAUCCAGAUGUCCUUAGACAAGCAGAAAAUGUCCUUUCAGGUGCUACCUGCCUUCAACGCUCUGGGCUCCCUGGAGGGCCCCAACCCCUGGGUCUAUCAAGAUCUCAAAAGAUCCCUGGAUAAGACACAAGCCGGCCCCGGUGAGUUCGCAGUCUGCUUCACAGAACUCCAGGAGAAGUUUUUUAACAACCGUCCCAGAAAGCUGAAGAAUUUGAUCCUCUUGGUAAAAUACUGGCACCAACAGUGCCAGGAACAGAUGAAAGAAACGGGACACUUGCCCACGCUGAGUCCGUACGCUCUGGAGCUGCUCACGGUGUAUGCCUGGGAACAGGGCUGUGGAAAAGAAGACUUUGAUACGGCUGAAGGCGUCAGAACCAUCCUGAGGCUGAUCAAGUGCCACAAGCAGCUGUGCAUCUACUGGACAGUCAACUACAGCUUUGACGAGGAGACCAUCAGGAACGUCCUGCUGAACCAACUCCGAUCGGAGAGGCCAGUGAUCGUGGAUCCAACGGACCCGACCAACAACGUGGGAGGAGGGGAGAGGUGCUGGCGAACGCUGAAAGAAAAGGCUCAGCUGCGGCUCACGUCUCCCAGCCUGGACAGCCAGUUGCCUGCCCCGUCCUGGCACGUCCCGCCGGCACCGCUCUUCGCCACCCCGGGCCAUCUCCUAGAUACGUUCAUCGAGGACUUUCUGCAGCCCGACAAGUAUUUCCUAGAUCAGAUCGAAAAGGCCGUUGAUGCCAUCUGCGCCUUCCUUACAGAACGCUGCUUUCCACAGUCGCCUGCCAAGAUCCAGAUCGUCAAGGGGGGAUCAACCGCCAAAGGCACAGCUCUGAAGACCGGCUCUGACGCCACACUCGUCGUGUUCCGUGACUCGAUUAAAAGUUAUGCCUCCCAAACAAGCGAACGCAGCCACAUCAUCAAGGAAAUUCAGAAACAGCUGGAAGUCUUACAGAAGAAGGAGUUUGAAGUCACGUUUGAGAUUUCAGUACAGAAGGCUCCCAGGGCACUGGGCUUCUCUCUAAAAUCCAAAGUACUCAACGAAAGCAUCGACUUCGACGUGCUACCCGCCUUUAACGCUCUGGGCCAAUUGAGUUCCGGCUCCGCACCCAGCCCCAGGGUUUAUGCUGAGCUUAUUAAUAUGUACACAUCCCCAGACAUCCCAGGGGGAGAGUUUUCUACCAGUUUCACGGUGCUACAGCGAAACUUCAUUGGCUUCCAGCCCACCAAAGUGAGGAAUUUAAUCCGCCUGGUGAAGCACUGGUACACGCAGUGCGAAAGGAGACUGAAGCCUAAGGGCUGUUUGCCGCCAAAGUACGCCUUGGAGCUGCUCGCCGUGUACGCCUGGGAGCAGGGCAGCAAGGCGCUGGACUUUGACACCGCCCAAGGCUUCCGCACCGUCCUCGAGCUGGUCACGCAGUACCGGCAGCUCUGCAUCUUCUGGAUCAUCAAUUACAACUUCGAAAAUGAGACGCUGAAGAGGUUCCUCCUGACCCAGAUCCAGAAAACCAGGCCUGUGAUCUUGGACCCAGCUGAGCCUACCGGAGACCUGGGGGGAGGGGACCGUUGGUCUUGGCAUCUUUUGGCAAAAGAAGCGAAGGAAUGGUCGUCCUCUCUCUGCUUCAAGGAUGAGGCGGGAAACCCAGUCCAGCCAUGGAAGGUGCCGGUUUUGUCAUCUAACGGAGGUAUCAUCUGGAAAUAGCCCUGUAACCGUCCGGAAUAGAAGAACUUCUCCCGCUGUCCCAUCUUGGAAUUGAUUCAACCACAAGUAACAGAAAACCCAGCCCACAGGAGCUUAAACAAGUGGUUCCCCCACCCCCAAUUACAAGUAGCCCUGCGUCAGGACACCCGGGACUCGUGCCUUGUGGGAUGCCGAACAGCGCCACUGGGCUCCACCCCUGCGUGUCAGCACCGCCCGCCCCCCCACACACACAUGGUGUGACAGCCACAAACGCCAGCCACUUGUUCCCCAGGGGCACAGCUCUUUCUGCCUUUGGCUUUUGGCUCCUCCCUCUUUAGUCGCUGAUUUAGCAUUUCAUGGCCCUGAAAGCGGCCAGUGCCCCUCCAGAGGAAAGAUUCGCCGUCCAGGCAGGACAAACAGAAAGGGGACAGGUGACCGUAGGUCAAGAGCACAGGGAUCUUAUUGGAAGCUUCACCCAGCAAAUCUUACAUUUCAGUACAUGGCACUGUCAUGUGGCUUCCUGUCACUCAAAGGUGGCAACCGAGAAAGGGGAUGAAGACACCCUAAGGGAGUCAGUCACCCAAGGGAGUCUGCCACACCUCUCCAGAGUGCCCCCUCCCGGCCAAGAGAGACCCGAUGCCUCCCGCCUGUUACACCUGGCUCUCCGCACCCCUUCUUCCUUUAGAGCAGGAUUUCUCAACCUUGGCGCUAUUGACAUUUUGGGCCAGAUAACCAUUAGUUUAGGGGCCGUCCUGUGCAUUGUGGAAUGUUGAGCAGCAUCCCUGGCCUCUGCCCACUGGAUGCUCCCCAGUUGUGACGAUUAAAAAAUUUUCAAGACCAGGAGCAGCAGCUCAUACCUGUAAUCCCAGCACUUUGGGAGGCUGAGGCAGGAGGAUCACCUGAGGUCAGAAGUUAGAGACCA